AUGGCGAGAGUUGCAGCGGUAAAAGGGUACACAAAUUUAAUUUCGGCGGUUAGAAAUUACAGCGACACGCAAAAGAUCACUAAAGCAUCAGUAAAGUAUUGUGCUUUACCGCAGAAGUCAUACAUUAAAGUACGAGGUCCCGAUAGUGUACCAUUUCUCAAUGGAUUGACAACAUCCAAACUUUUACCCCUAUAUGUUAAAAAAAAUCUCACAACGAUUGGAAGUGACGAGACUAGCAAGCUGAUUGAUAUAAAGGACUACGACUAUAUUAAGGGUAAUGCUGGUUUAUUUAACGAGUUUGGUGAAGAUGGGCCAUAUAUCUCACGUUUUGGGACGUACACUGGGUUUUUGAACAGCAAAGGAAAACUGCUUACAGACUCGAUCAUUUAUCCGACUCCAGUUUGGCCCGAAGAUGUCUAUGCGAACAAGUUCCCAAGAUUUUUAUUGGAGCUUGACCAGAGUGUCAUUCCUCGCAUGUCAGCGAUUCUGGAGACUCACAAAUUGCUGCGAAAAGUGAAAAUCGAAGUCGCAAGUCCCGCAGAGUUCAAUACCUGGCAUUUGUCAAUCAAAUUACCCUUACCUGCGCCCAAAGAAAUGAACCCCUGGAUUGAGAAUCUCGUAGUACCUUCAGAAUCAUUGAAAACCCCUGAUAUCGCUCUCCAAUUUGCUCGGCACGUUUUAUCGAUGCUGUUCCAAGGCAAUGAGCACAAAGUUUGUGGAAUGUAUUUGGAAAAACGACUGCAAAAUGUUUUAUAUGAAGACCCAGAGGCCCCACAAGAUUUCAGAGUAGUAACUUCUCCUGAAGUGGAAGAUAUCGCGUCCAUCUUCAAUUUCGAGAUGAUGCCCUUUCAGUUCGAUUGCUCAGAAAUCAGCGUUUCAGAGGCACGGCGCACGAGAUACAAGCAUGGAUUGCUCGAUAGUUUGUCCGAUUUCAAGGCAGAAUCGUUGCUCCCCUUGGAAAUGAAUUUCGAUUAUCUACCGAACGCCGUCAGCUUUGACAAAGGAUGCUACGUUGGUCAAGAACUUACCGCUAGAACAUACGCGACGGGCGUACUUCGAAAGCGAUGUGUGGCUGUCCGAAUUGAUAAUUUCGCAAAACUGACAUCUUCAACGCGAAACACAUACUUCGACAUUAAAAGCUCGCAAACAUCAUCCAGGCCGGUCGAUUCGGCGCCGUCCCCAUUUCAGAAUGCAAAAGCAGGUGCUCGAAAUCGGCGUCAAAAACCCGCAGGAACGCUUUUAUGUCACGAAAAGGAUUUCGGGGUAGCUCUGCUUAGAACCGAGUUUUUCAAAUCACUAUUUUCGCGUGGGGAAAAUGGAGAUUUUUACAUAGAGGAACCUGUUUCUGGGGAUAAGAUCACGAUUAUUCCACAGAAGCCAUUUUGGUAUGAUGACUGGCUCGAUGAAAACCAAGAUACUUUAUGA